UAUAAUGUUUGGGAAAAACUUCUUAGCUAAAACAAUUCAAUCAUCUAUUCAUCAAUGAAGUAUAACUACUGAAAAAUUCCGUUCAAAAGUAUAUGGUGAUCAUUAAAACUGGCUAAGCAAAAACCAAUUAUGUCAUUAUUUAAAACCAGCUCUCACUUUAGAAUUGGUCGUGGAAUUGGAACACGUAACUGCUCUCACCUUCACCUUCAGCGUGAAAAAUUCCUACACCUGAACCGGUUCAGUUAUUAAAGAUGUAUGCAAGAACUACAUAGAGAAUAUAAUUUAUCAGUGAAGAGUUUUCUAUUACAUAAGUCUUAUAUGCUUCCUUUUCCGACAUAGCCUCAGUACCUGCAUAUUCAUCCGAGGCCCUGCUUCCUUUCGCGCCAGGAAGUGCGGUUCAAAAAUGUGGUUGCUGGUGAUAGCGGCGAUAUUCUGUUUGUAUGUAUAUCUGUGGUUGCGAAUGUAUCCGGGUAAUCUGCCGGUCUAUCCCGGUAGAAUACCCUUACUUGGUAAUAUAUCACUAUUUUGGGGUAGCACUAUAGAGGUAUGGGAGAAAAUAAAGAAAGUGUCGAUAUUUUCAACUGAAAACGGUGAUGUGGUGAUGUUCUACCUUGGCAUUAUACCAAUUUAUGUAAUAACUGAUCCCGAUGACUGCAGCAAAGUGAUGAGCUCUAGCCUGCAUCGUCCCGGGAUCAUGAAGAAAUUUUCGAGACAGUUUCUCGGGAAUGGUCUACUCGUCAGUCCAGUUUCAGUAUGGAAGGAGCACCGCAAAAUUAUAAACCCGACCUUUAAUCAGCAAGUGCUGGACAGUUUUAUCGUCAUCUUUAAUUCGCAAAGCCGACGGCUGGUGGAGCGCUGGAGGAGCUACGCUGGCAUGGGGUCAUUUGAUCAUCAACUUUGCUUAGAGAAGAAUACAUUGGAAACUGUUUGUUUGACAACAGCGGGAAUUGACAUUACUGACCAGAAUGAGUUCAAUGAAGAGUGUUUAAUGGCCUAUCGUACGGUCCUCAGCAGCUUAAUGGAUAGGGGCAGGAACCCAUUGCUUUACAUCAACUGUAUAUACAAUAUGUCCAAUUUAAAGAAAGCCGAGGACCGUAAUAUAAAAAUAACCCACGAUUUGACUAAUCUGGUAUUAAAGCGAAAAAGAGAAGGAUACAAAGAAAUUAAUAAUAAUAAUUCUGAUUCUAUGUUCAAGCCGUUCCUACACCGUUUGCUAGAACUCACGAGCAAACUGAGUGAACAGGACAUUCGAGAGGAAAUGAAUAAUAUCAUCCUCACUGGCUUCGAAACCAGCUCGGGGGUGUUGCUUUUCUGCCUAUUGCUAAUUGGGACAUACCCUGAUGUACAAGAGAAAUGUCUCAAAGAGAUCAAAGAAGUGCUUGGUGAAUUAGACCGGGACGUGACGAAAGAAGACAUGUCACAACUAAAGUAUCUGGAAGCCGUGCUCAAAGAGACAAUGAGAUUGUGUCCUGUCGUUCCCAUGACCGGGAGGAUUAUUACUGAAGACAUGCAGCUUAAAAACGCAGUCCUCCGCAAAGGUCAUCUCUGCGUUGUGUCGCUAUAUGGAGUGUUGAAUCACCCCAUGUGGGGUAAGGACGUCAACGAAUUCUCACCCGAACGCUGGCUGGACCCCACCCGUCUACCACAAAAUCCCAAUACCUAUGGAGUUUUCGGCUACGGGAGGAGGAAUUGUAUUGGUAAAGUGUAUGCGAUGAUGACAAUGAAGGUGACUUUGGUACAUAUUCUACGGGCAUACCGGGUUAGCGGACAAUACCAUCAAAUGCGGAUCAAAAAUCAGGGCAUCAAUAAGCCAGCGGACGGACAUCAUAUUUCCAUAAAUCACCGAUAAUAUUAU